GAGGAGUUCAGGAUGACCAUGGCAAAGUAUCUCUUUGCUACUUUCGACGUGACAACGCAGGUAUUCUACCGGUCUCCCCUCUCCUUCGGUAUCGUCAACCUCAAGCCCCUUCUCCCUGGUCAUGUUCUGAUAUGCCCGAAAAGAGUCGUUCCCAGGCUUGCAGACCUCAAUACAGAGGAAGUGUCUGAUCUCUUUCAAAGCGUGCAGCAUGUCGGUAAAGUGCUCGAGCAAGUCUACAAAGCCCAAGCUCUGACUGUCUCUUUGCAAGACGGCGCAGUAGCAGGCCAGUCUGUGCCCCACGUCCAUGUCCAUAUCAUGCCCAGGCAUCCCACGGAUUAUAACGGCGAUAACGACCAAAUCUACCCUCUCCUCGAACAAUCUGAAGCCAAUCUCCAAGGCCAUCUCGCUCAGUCACAAGUACCGCAGGUUAAUGGAAAGACGGAGGCAAAGGCGAGAGAGGGUAGAUGGGCAUGUGAUGAAGAUAGAAAGCCGAGGACGAUGGGAGAGAUGGAGAGGGAGGCAAAGUGGCUCGCAAGCUUCUUUUGAGCAAUGAGAUGAUGGGAGGAUAUAUCCCGUGGUAACUUUCGUUACAGACUAGUGAGUGGCCUUUGGUUCUUAUGGCAGCAUCUUUGAUAGCGAUAUUCAGGAUGCAAUCUGUAUGUUGUACGUU